AUGCAAACCUGCAACGAGACUCGUCGGAGCAUGGAGCAGACGGUGGCGAUCGGCUCCACCCCCGCUCUGGAGUGGUGGCUGGUCCUCGACGUCCUGUCCGCCUGGCACGCGUGGGAGUGGGUCUUGGCCGUACUCAUCGUCGCCAUUACGUCGCUGCUCUACCGGAUCCUUUUCGUCCCGCUCAACCGAGUCAAGCACCUGGAGGAUGUCGGGUUCCAACAUCUAGAAGACGUUUAUCGAGGAUACCAAGGAAAGAAGAAGGCGGAGAUGGUGAACGAUAUCAGGAGGCAGUUGGAGGCUGGGGAUAUGCCUCCCGCCUACCCGAACGGCUGGUUUGCGAUCUUCGAGUCCGACGACCUUCCGUGCGGGGAGGUUCGGUCCAUCCAGGCUUUAGGGAUGAACUUGGCGCUGUUC